CCACGAUGCCGCUUCAUCUCCUUGGGAAAAAGUCAUGGAACGUCUACAACCCCGAGAACAUCGAGCGCGUCAAGCGCGACGAGGCCCAGGCCAAGGCCCGCGAAGAGGAGGAUGAGCGUCGCAUGCAAGAAAUUGAUGCUGAACGUCGGAUCCAGAUAUUACGUGGAGAGCGUCCGUCUACUCCCCCUCCGCCACCGCCCUCACACUCUACCUCAGAGUUGCAUCACAGAUCGGAGAGGAAAUACGCCGAUGGUGCAGGGCAGUAUAGGAAGCGGCGACGCCUCGCAGGGGAAGACGACACCGAUAGGGAUAUCAGGCUAGCCCGGGAGGAUGCGACGCAGGCCAGUGCUGCACGAGAUAGACUUGCUCUUACCUCUAGCCGAGAUGGCAAAGAUGCACAAAUUCCGCUGGUAGAUAGUGCUGGUCACAUCAACCUCUUCCCAGCCGAAGGUGGCAACAAAAAGGCAGAGAAGAACGCCGAGGCCGAGGCAGACGCUGCGAAGAAGCAACGGAGCUACGAAGACCAGUAUACGAUGCGCUUUUCCAACGCCGCGGGUUUUAAGGAGAAAGUUGGGCGUCGGCCAUGGUAUUCCUCUUCCAGGCAGGACCUGGCCGCGCCAGACUCUAUGCCCGAAAAAGAUGUCUGGGGUAAUGAAGACCCGCGUCGCAAAGAAAGAGAGAAAACUCGCAUGGACUCCAAUGAUCCUCUCGCAGCCAUGAAACGCGGGGUUCGGCAGUUAAGAGCCACGGAGCAAGAGCGAAAACGAUGGAACGAGGAGAAAAAGGAGGAGCUUGAAGCGUUGAAAUCAGAAGAACGGCACCGAUCAAGGCAUCGUCACAGGAGGCGAUCGCGAUCGGCGGAUAGCCUGGAGGGCUUCAGCCUGGAUGCGCCUGCAGUCAAAACUCGCGAUCAGAAGGAGCAUAGUGGUUUCGGCCGCCAUCACCGACACCAUCAUGAGGAUGGAAGUCGGGAACGGUCGCACCGAAGAUCACAUCACCGCUCAGAACGCUCUCAUCGACAUCAUGAUAGAACCCAUGGGGAUGAUAGACUCCAACGAGAAUCACAUAAGAGCUCUGUGCGUGAGAAGCAUUAAUGCACUGAACGGUUCGGGAUGCAAUGAUUUUACUUUCCUAAUUACAUCUGGAGCGAAUGGAUUUUAUUAAAUCAUCAAAAAACUACAACAC